CUUCACAGAUUGUUGCUAUGGAUACUCAGAGUUUGUUUAUGCGCUGAGAAGUUUAUCAAUGGCCUCACAAACGCAAAUAGAAAUCGUUGGCCUACUUAAAGACCCAAAUUUCCAUGCUGCCAGAAGUAUAGCCGAGGGACUCAAACAACAGUUCCCUGAUGAUCUUUUGGAUCCAGUAAUUGUGCCACUUCUUGAAUUUGACUGGCAUGAAUACCUAUGCAAGAAGAAAAGGGAGCUGCGUGGUGAUGUGUGGGAGUAUCCCAGCAAUGUGAUAUGCUUCCUUAAUGGCGUUCUCCUCGGUAAUGAAAAGCAAAUCGCCAGCUGGGCAGAGACUCAGUGGAAUUUCACCCUCACUCAUCCAGAGGAUUUCUAUACGGCUAUCACCGAGGAGUACUACGCCAAACACCUUCAGAAAUCUGGACACAAGUUUGUCUUCAUGGAUGUUGUUAUAGCAGGAGAGGAUCCUGGGAGGAUAUGUUUUGAGCUGUUCUCCGAUGUGUGUCCAAAGACUUCAGAGAACUUUGAGGCUCUGUGCAUAGGAGAACAAGAGAACGAGCGUGGCUACCCACUCCGCUACAAGGGCUCUCUGUUUCAUCGCAUUGUGCCCAACGGCUGGGUGCAAGGUGGAGAUAUUUAUCUUGAUAGUAGAGGUGAUGGGGGCGAGUCAAUCUAUGGACCAACUUUUGAAGAUGAAAGUUUUGCUAUUUCCCACUCAAAACGGGGCAUUCUGGGAAUGGCCAACAAGGGUCCCCACACCAAUGGAUCCCAGUUCUACAUCACCUUGCAGCCGACGCCCUGGAUGGACAAAACCUAUGUUGCCUUUGGUCAAGUGAUUGAAGGUGUAGAAGUCCUGAAGAAAUUAGAAGAAAGUAAGACUUUCAAUGAAAGACCCAAAUAUGAAUGUAGAGUGUCAGCUUGUGGAGUGUUACCAAUGUAGUGCCCAUUAAUUACUCACUUUAUUUAAUAUUGUAUCUCUUUUUAAUGCAGUAAAUUCAAGGACAAACUCA